AUGGAGUGGAGCACCAUAGCUUCUCCCUUGGGGCAAGAUAACAAAACAAAAGAAGCAAAGAGAGCUAGGGUUGAGAGACACAGAUUGAAGAAAUUAGUUGAGACAGCUAUGGGAGCUGUAAAGCAUUGCAUAUUGUUAGUUUUCUUUGCAUUAGCCACACAAACUCCAACUCUCAAGGCCGGCAUUGCCAAUAACGACGAGUACUGGGAAAAACGAGCUGAAAAAGCCAAGAAGGCUUCCCGUGAGGCCUACGAACCAAAUCCGGAACAAGUGGCUGAACAUUUCAACCAUGAAGUGCACAAGUCCUUGGAAGGUGGCAAUAGUACAAGAAGGAACCUAGGAAAAUUCAAAGGCCCAUGCCUGGCAACAAAUCCUAUCGACCGAUGCUGGAGAUGUGAUAAAAACUGGGCUAACAACCGUAAGAAGCUGGCAGGUUGUGCCCUAGGUUUUGGACGCAAAACCAUAGGAGGCAAGCAUGGAAAAUACUACGAGGUAACAGACCCGUCAGACAAUGACAUGGUGAAUCCUAAACCGGGAACAUUGCGCUAUGGAGUGAUUCAGGACAAACCGCUUUGGAUUACAUUUGCUCAUGAUAUGGUAAUUAGGCUAAGCGAAGAACUACUGGUAGCAUCAAACAAGACAAUUGAUGGGCGUGGUGCUAAUGUGCACAUUUGCUUUGGUGCUCAAAUUAGUCUACAAUUUGUGAAAAAUGUGAUCAUCCAUGGCCUCCACAUUCAUGAUACUAAAGCCGGAAAUGGUGGGAUGAUUAGAGACUCGGUGGAUCAUUAUGGCUUUCGUUCUCGAAGCGAUGGAGAUGGAAUUUCAAUUUUUGGAUCAACUAAUAUUUGGAUUGAUCAUAUCUCCAUGUCUAAUUGCCAAGAUGGCCUCAUUGAUGCCGUAAUGGGAUCCAAUGCCAUCACCAUAUCUAAUUGUCACUUCACCAAACAUAAUGAUGUAAUGUUGUUUGGAGCAAGCGAUAGUUAUUCUGGUGAUUCAGUGAUGCAAAUAACUGUUGCUUUCAACCACUUUGGACGUGGAUUAGUGCAAAGAAUGCCGAGGGUCCGAUGGGGGUUUGUCCAUGUUGUAAACAAUGACUAUACUCACUGGGAAAUGUAUGCCAUUGGUGGUAGCCAACAUCCUACUAUCGUUAGCCAGGGUAACCGGUUUAUUGCUCCUCCUAAUCCAGCAUGCAAAGAGGUGACCAAGAGGGACUAUGCUGUUGAAAGUGUGUGGAAGUCCUGGAAUUGGAUAUCAGAGGGGGAUUUGAUGCUCAACGGAGCCUUCUUUGUUCAAUCUGGUAAUGCAAUCAAGACAAUGAACAGACAGGAUGUGAUCAACGCAAAGCCGGGUACAUAUGUGAGCAGGCUCACACGCUUUUCGGGUGUUCUCGACUGCGUUAGAGGUCAACCAUGUUAA